AUGGUACUGAUUUAUUAUGUCAUAUGUCUGGUCAAUAUAUUAAUCAUUAUUGAAACAACAAAAGAAACAAGUUCAUUCUCGCACGAGCCUUUAUCAAUAAGAAAACAAUUACCGUCAGUAGUUGUUUCGUCAAACUGUACAGAUCCAACAAAAAUCGGUCCCUAUUGUAAUAUUUCUAAUAUUUAUUGUGAUAUGGCUCAACCGUGUAAGAACAAUGGUACUUGUCACAGUCUACAAACAUCUGGAAAUGAAUAUAAUUGUUCAUGUCCAAUUGGGUUUACUGGUAUUGAUUGUAGUUCUGAUGAUCGGCUUUGUAAACCUGAUACAUGUUUAAAUAAGGAUAUUUGUGUUGUAACAACAAAUCGAACAUUUAAUUGUACAUGUGUGCCUGGUUGGGAAGGUCGUCAUUGCGAAACAAAAAUAAAUUAUUGUUUAAAUAUAAAAUGUCAAAAUAGAGGUGUUUGUCGAUCAGAAGUUUUGGAUUAUAAAUGUGAAUGUCUUCAUAGAUAUUCUGGACGACUUUGUCAAAUAAAAAAUCAAUCAUUAUCAAUUAAAUCCUCAUGGAUUAUAUCCACAGGUGUUACUUUGUUUUUAUUAAUAUCAUUCGUUCUUUUAUGA